GACGAACACCGCACCGCUAUGGAGAAUGAACCGCACACAACAACAUGUUCUGCAUCUACAACUACUAUCACCACCACCUCCACUUCUCGGACACAGCUACCACAGAUAUCUGUCUACAGUGGCUCUGAUCGGCAUGCUGUUCAGGUUAUUCAGCAGGCCUUGCAUCGUCCUCCUAGCUCAGCUGCUCAGUACCUUCAGCAGAUGUAUGCAGCCCAACAGCAGCAUCUAAUGCUGCAGACUGCUGCUUUGCAGCAGCAGCACUUAAGCAGUACCCAAUUUCAGAGUCUGGCAACUGUACCACAGGCAAGCCUGUCAGGUGGGAGGCAAUGUACUUCCCCCACUGGGAGUGUCACUCAGCAGUCAAGCAUGUCGCAGACCUCGAUUAACCUCUCCACCUCUCCUACACCUGCACAGAUAAUAAGCCGUUCACAGACCUCCAACACCACCAGCAGCAGUAUUACCCAACAGACUAUGUUGCUGGGCAGCACCUCUCCAACCCUGAGUGCAAGCCAGGCUCAAAUGUAUCUCCGAGCUCAAAUGCUUAUUUUCACUCCUGCUACCACUGUGGCUGCUGUACAAUCUGAUAUUCCUGUUGUCUCAUCAUCUUCCUCAUCUUCCUGUCAGUCUGCAGCUACUCAGGUUCAGAACUUGACCUUGCGCAGUCAGAAGUUGGGUGUAUUGUCAGGUUCACAGAAUGGCCCACCAAAGAGCAGCAGUCAAACUCAGUCACUGUCUCUGUGCCCUAAUAAACCUGUAACCAGUACCAAGGGCAGCCAGCCAGAUUCCUCAGAAAGCAAUAGAAAAGGCGAGAGCCCAACUCCAGAGUGUCGGAGCACACCAGUCACACGGACACCAAGUAUACAUCAGUUAAUAACACCAGCUUCAUAUUCUCCAAUUCAACCUCAUUCUUUAGUAAAACAUCAGCAGAUCCCGCUUCAUUCUCCACCUUCAAAGAUUUCCCAUCAUCAGCUGAAAUUGAAACAACAGCAGCAAGUCCAGCCAAUCUCACUUCAGACUUCUGCUGGUCAGGACCCCCCUCCAUCACAGCACUGUCUACCCCUCACAAGCCAUGGUCUUCCUCCAGUUCCCAGCAGUGUCCAGUCUCAGCAUUGCUCACCUAUUCACAUCCAUCCUCCGCCUCUAACACUAUCUCCUACUCCAUCCCAGUCAGCUCAGCAGUCAGUAGUGGUAUCUCCUCCACCUCCCCAUUCCCCUAGUCAGUCACCCACAAUAAUUAUUCAUCCUCAAGCACUUAUUCAGUCACAGGCAAACUCCCUUGUGCCAACGGCUCUUCAGCCAGAGCAGACUGCUCCUCAGCAAAGUACUAGCAGUCCAGUUCGACCAAUUGCACAGCCUCUCAAUCUUCCAUCGCAUCUUCCACUUUCAUCUUCCCCAGCUGUACAUAUAGGACCAGUAGAUCAGCCCAGCUUAGUUUCCCCAGGCCAACAGAUAGUGCCCUCCACACCACACCAGCCACAUUCAGUCUUGCAGUCUGCACCUAUCCCACUUGCAGCUCCUCCUCAGCUGUCAGCAUCUUCAACCCAGAUUCAACAGCUGCCAUUGCAGUCUGUGCAGUCCUUACAAGUGCAGCCUGAAAUUCUAUCCCAGGGCCAAGUUUUGGUUCAAAACACUCUGGUUUCUGAGGAAGAACUUCCUGCUGCAGAAGCUUUGGUCCAGCUGCCGUUUCAGACUCUUCCACCACCACAGACUGUUGCAGUAAAUCUUCAAGUGCAGCCAUCGGUACCAAUUGAAACUCCAGUGAUUUACCAAGUGGAGAAUGUUUGUGAAGAAGAGAUGCCUGAAGAGUCCGAAUGUGUCCACAUGGUUAGAACACCUACGCCACCGACACUGUCGCCACCAGCCAUAACCUUGGGGAAUGGAGAGGCGCUUACUUCGGAAGAGCCCUUGUCAGAACAUGCGGGACUGCCUUCAGGGACAUCGUCAGUCGGUGCCUCAGUAAUUAAAUCUCCAUCUGAUCCUUCACAUUCCUCUAUUCCACCACCGCCUCUUUUGCUUCCAGCAGCGACGACAAGGAGCAACAGCACAUCAAUGCCCAAUAGCAUUCCUAGCCUAGAAAAUAAACCUCCACAGGCUAUUGUUAAACCACAGAUACUGACCCAUGUUAUUGAGGGCUUUGUGAUUCAGGAGGGGUUGGAGCCAUUCCCUGUAAGUCGUUCAUCUUUGCUGGUAGAACAGCCUGCAGAAAAAAGAUUGCUAGUGGAGGGUCAAAUCAUGAGUGUUAUGUGUGUGGAAUCAGACUUGCAGAAUACAAAACAUGCAGACAACUCAUCGGACACAGAGAUAGAGGAUAUGAUUGCAGAAGAGGGACUAGAUGAAAUUGAAAAUGAUCUUCUGAAGUGUGAAUUUUGUGGAAAAAUGGGAUAUUCUGAUAAAUUUCUACGGUCAAAACGAUUCUGCUCCACGUCCUGUGCCAAAAGGCACAGCCUUAGUUGCACUAAGAAAUUUGGGCUGUUUACAUCAGACAAAACCAGUCGCUGGAAUCGGAAAUCUGAUAGCCAAAGCCUUGGGCGACGCGGGCGUCGACCGAGUGGCCCUGAUGGGGCGUCACGAGAUCACUUUCUUAGACAGCUUCCAAUUACUUAUCCAUCUGCAGAAGAAGAUAUGGCUUCUCACGAAGAUGCUGUUCCAGCUGCCAUGACCACCCGUCUGCGAAGGCAAAGUGAAAGAGAGAGAGAACGUGAACUUAGGGAACUAAGAAUUAGGAAGAUGCCAGAGAGCAUUGACUUGUUACCAGUGGUGCAAACCGACCCGUCAGUGUGGACUGUGGAUGAAGUUUGGGCCUUUAUACGUUCUUUGCCCGGUUGUGAAGAUAUUGCAGAUGAAUUUAGAGCACAAGAAAUUGAUGGACAAGCUCUCCUCUUGUUGAAGGAGGAUCACCUUAUGAGUGCAAUGAAUAUUAAGCUUGGACCUGCGUUGAAAAUCUGUGCGCGUAUCAAUUCAUUGAAAGAAUCCUAGGGGGAACAUGAAGGCUUAAACAUCAGUUUUUCUGCGACAGAACCAACAGGAAUAUGCCAACAUCUUCACCGUGGCAUGAGUAUUACUGUGAUGUUUUGUUACAAAUAUGGGGUUUUCCCCACAUAAGAACUUGCAAAUAUUCCUCUGGUUAUGCCAUGCAGUUCUCCAUAGUUUCCCACAAUUAAUAGGUUCAUGGUAAAGCUUGAGUAACACUUUGAGUUAAAGUGGGAGUUCAUGGAAAAACAUGGAGUGAAAUAUGCUGUGAUAAGUUAAAAUUUCCCAACGUGUACUUAUCGUACAAGUUAACACCAUUAAUCUAAACACCGUUUAAAUUCUGUUGCUGUAUUUUGGAAGACAGUUUUUCCACACAUACAGCAGUUCUUGGACUGAAAUAGCAAAAGUGUCCACAGACCCUGUGGAAGCACUGGUAACAGUAAAAUGCUAUGCAUUUAGUUGUGCUCUCUGAGUUUCUUUUAGUCUUGAGCAAAUUGUUUGAAGGGAUAGGUUGGCAGCCUUUUUUUCUUGUGUAGGCUUACCCUCAUCUCUGCCACUGUAGUAUUUUCUUUAAGUCUGGGAAUACUGUAGACCGUUCAGGAGUCUCAUCAAAAUCCUGGCUGUCAGGCUACUGAAAUGCAAUGGCAUGACACUCUUGCCAGAGGUGACUGAAGCACAUAUGUUACUUCACUCUUUGUAUGCUGCUAUGCACUAAGAGGGCAUUAAGUUGUUAGGUUUCUAGUUUCGCGUGCUGCUAGUUAAACUAGACCAGCAGUUCUCAAAUGGGGGUUCAGAGUGGGUCCUGAGAAGGUGAGAGAACACUUGGGGUUCAGGUUCCCAGGUGUGAGGGGCUGAAAACUGCAGCCAGGACUAGCUCAUGUUGAGAAAAGUAUGCUCGAAGAACUGGAGAGACAGUGAAAGCACUGAGCGUUAGCAUGGCUCAGUGUUUUUCUCUUCCAGACCUCCUUUUUCAUGCCGUUUUCUUUUCUAAACCAUCUUUCACUGUAGUGCACCUCUUGUCCGCUGGCUAAUGUGAGCUGGGGUUGCAGUAGUCAGAGGAAGGAGACUGAUGAGGAGCUCAGUGAGGUCACAUCAAAGCUCAGCAAAAGAGAAGCUAGUACUGUGGAGGGAGGGAGGGAGGGAGCCUGGAGCUUAUGUGGGUAGAGGAGUGCCACAGCCAGGUAACCCUGCAAGAAAUCUCCAGGAGCCUUGCUUCUGUGCCUCAGGCAGGAGCUUUUCACUUGAACAGUGCAGAGCCGGGUACUUCUUCACUUUCUUCUUUGGGGUAGAGGUAGACAGUGUCUCUGUUUGUCUUCCCUCUCUCUCAUUUUGUGCAGAAAAAGUACUUGUCCCCCAAGUUACUGACACCCUCAGAAGUGUCUUGGGCUCUGAGGCAGCAGCACCUUCCCAGCCUUUGCUUCUCCAUCACCUGUGUACGGAUGUGUGUGAAUAUAUUCUUUACCUUCUGUUCCCUUCCUUUUGCAGCUCUGCUCCCUAUAGGUACAGCCCUGAAUUCCCAAGCUCUCCUAU